AUGAAUCCACCAACUCUUCCCCCGACAAAGAGACGACUAGACUCGCUGAUGAGACAUUUAUUUCUUUCAAAACCUUUGCAAUAUUCAAUUACAAUGAUGUCUUCUGUGAAUAAUAAUAAUAGUAACAACAGCACAAUUUUAGAACCUCAACAAUUUUCAUCAACAUCGGAACAUGGUGAAGGAGUGAAGACACCACCAAAUGAUCACAUUAUUACAACCCAAGAAAAAACUCAUGAAAAUAAUUUCAAUAAUAACUCGGAUAAGAAAAACUCAUCGGAAAGUAAACCUGAAGAAGGAUCGAAAUUAAAAAUUGACCACAAACAAAUAAUUCAAGAUUUGGAAAGUGAUAUAUUAAAGCCAGAUCAAGCUUUAGAUAUUGCUCAUCGACUAAUUGAUAAUUCUCAAUUUGAGGAAGCAAGACAAUUUAUAUUUAAUAUUCUUGCAUUUAUUCCUUCAUCAGCUGAAGAAAAUGAUGCAUCACGAAGAGCAUAUCGGCUCGUUGCUCUGAGCUAUUAUAACAACAAUGAAUUAAAAGAAGCUCUACCAUGGUUCAGAAAAGCAGCAUUGAACUCGAAUUCUGUUCAAGAUUGGUUUAAUUUAGCAAAUACUUCUGCACAAAUUCAAGAUGAUGAUUCCAAUUUAUUACGUCUGGCAAUGUAUGCCUUUUCUCAAAUUGAGAAUCUGCACAAAGAGUCUAAUUUUCAACUCAAACCGUCUUUUUGGAUUCAACUACACUUUUUUAUUAUAUCAUUAAUGAAUGGUAAACACUACAAUGAGGCUUUUAGUGAAUUGAACAGAUUAAGGUUAGCUUACAAACGAGCCAGAUUUACAGACCCAUCAUAUUUACAAGAAAUUGGAUUACCUUCUUUUGACUCAUUCAUUAAAUUAUGCUUAACAUUAUUUAGGAGAGUUGACCGCCUAAAUCAAGGUUUUGAAUUUUUAAAACAAUUGGAGGUGGAUGAAGCAGGCAAGCAAACUAUUGAACGAAUAAUUAACGAGGUUGCAGAGUAA